CGACAUUUGUCAAGGCGAUACAAGCCAUGGGCGAUUAUAAGAUCAGAACAGCGCCAAGGGCACUGUGAACGCGAAGUCUUGGUGUUGUUCGACGCUCUUGAAUGUGCAGUGUUCCGCCAGGCACAGCGCUGUGCGUCGCAAAUCCGAAAAACGAAGUCCGACGGACAACCUCAGCUUUCGUGGCCAGUGCAACAACGAGCAGCCAUAAAAGAGUAUACGAUACGAGCCAAAAAAUGUAGAAUAGACUCAAACCCACGUUCCAGAUCUUCAUUACCCAAAUCGCAAAAAUGGUCCGAUCUCUCCCUUUCAUCCUUGGCUUUACCGCCGCAGCAUCCGCGCACUCCUGGCUAGGUUGCACCGACCAAGAUAACAAGCUCAUCCUCGAAUGGAUGAAAGGUAACGCAACCGAAUACCAAAAUCCCGGCGACCUUUUCGUCGACACCUUCGCUCCCGGCCUCGCAGUCUUCUGCAAAGGCUGGCCGCGCGCAAAACACAACCCCGGAAACUGGAUCGACGAAUCUAGCAACUACCUCUGGGACAUCGCUGCCCAAACGUUCAAAGGCGAUACCCAUGCUUGCCACCCGAGCCAACGCACGCCGACGUAUUUCACGGAGGAGAAUGCAAACAUGGCGACCACGACGCCGGGAGGGAGUAUUAAGCUGAUGUUCGGCGGCAAUGGGCACUCUCGCGGUGCGAACGUUGACGGCGGAGACCCGGGGACGGUAGCUGUGUACUGGAAGGGCAAGAAAGAAGCUGAGAUCGAAGACAUCAAGGAACUCACCGAAGAGAACAAAUUACAUGAGAUUGGCUUUGCGGAAGAGGCAUUUGUCUGGCCUGAGGAUAAGAAUGUUAAGAGCCCAACGGAGGGCAUGCUGGAUAAGGGCAAUUGGAUGACGGUCAAGAUGCCGAGCGAUAUGGGGAAGGGGAGGCAUAUGAUGGUCUGGGUUUGGGAGUAUGGCGGAAAGCCGAGGUGGAGUACUUGUUUUGAUGUCAUGAUCAAGUAAUGACUUGGAGAACCGGCAACAAGACGUGGGAGAUGUAUCUCUUGGUUCUGUUCCUCUUCGAAGGCGUAUAGGCGAACGGCGCAUGUAUCUACCUGUAUUCUGGUUUUUUUGUAAGGGUAUGUGAGGAAGAGAGGGAUUGCAUUGUGUCUAGAGAUGAGAGCCAACGAGCUUAUGAGGCGUCUCAUCUCAGGUGAGCUAACUAACUAUAGAGUAGUAUGUACUAGUUCAGAACUGUUACAUUAUUGAUCGGGUUUCAGAAUUGCUGCUCUCUU